AUGGCUGUGAUCAACGCACAAGUCAGUGAGCUCAUCAGGACCCUGCGUAAGAAAGGCUGGACGACUAGCACUAUCGCCAAACACAUGGCCACAACUGGAAUGAGAGCUUCCUUGCGAACUAUCCAGCAUCAUUGCCGAUGUGCUGUUGUGGAGAAGAAGGAACGCAAGCCACGUAAAGUGACAAGUCAGGUGAUGGAAAUAAUAGACUCUAUCCUGAGAACAGACGAUGAACUAUCAGCAAGAAAAGUAAAAGAGCUUCUCCAAAGCAGGCACAACAUAACGAUCGGGUUACACUCGACCGCGGUCGCAGCUGCAGAGGAUGAUGUCAACUCCAAUGUGGACAUAGUGACGGACGAUGAGCCCUCCUCUGGUUGUAUUGAGCUGGCUCCAGACUCUACCCCCAUCAUUGAGGACCACGACUAUGCUGCAAGUUCAUUCAUUGUGGUGGACCGUAUGAAAUAUGAAAACAUGACGAGGGAGAUUGAGGAGCUCAGGCAGCAGCUAGAGUCGCAUCAUUUGACUCAUAGAUUUGGACUGCAGCGGUUUGCCUCAUCACCUGAAGACAUUCGGUACUACACAAGAUUUCCAUCAUACGGACAUUUGAUGGCCUUUUGGAAUCUAAUCAAAGAGGCAACAAGCAGAAUGGUGAGGGUCACUAGUGGUCAGAAGAACCUUUCCGACAGCACAUCCACCGAGACUCCUGUGACUCGAACAACUAAAUUACUGCCAAUUGACGAGUUAUUCUUGUUCCUCAAUUAUCUGGCUACUGGAUGUAUGGUGAAGUGUUCAGACUAG